AAGCAGCGGACGCGAGCGCGCAAACAGCAUACAAAAAGCUCGCACAGCUAAAAGCGCAUAACGGUUCUUCAGGAGCAGCCUUCUAAUACAAAGCGUCCGCGUCGGCGUCAGCGUCAGCGUUAACGUCGACGUCAGCGUUGACGACUUGUAAAUAAAGAAAUACUCGCAUAUAAAAUCUGUUGCAUCAUUGCUGAAACACUUCAGUCGCUGAAUCGCGUGCGUGGAGGCAACACUUUACGCGACAACAACAACAACAACAAAGUGCAACAACAACUACAACACAAGAAGCAGUGCGCGCAGCUGCAGUGACAAUUUCAAGCGGCAUCCAAUAGAAAAAAAAACUAAAAAAAGUGUUUUUAAAAUAAAAGAAACAUGUGCUAAGUUAAAAAAAAUAAUAAUAUUAAGUGACUUAAGCAAACAAAACAAAAGUGCAGUUGUCAAAAAAUGUGAAGCAAAAAAUAAAUAAAACAAUUAAAAAAUUUUAAAUUGUUUUAAAAAUUUAGAAUUUUGUUGCAAACAUUUCCAAAGAACAGUUUACCUCAAAUAACAACAACAAAGACCCUAAAAAUGAUUUAGCGGCUGCCAAAGGGAUAGAAAGCAAAGUUUAAUAAACCGCAAUCGCCACACGCUGCCCGCCGCUGCCCGCCCCCGCGCAAUAUUGCAAAUUGGAAUACAAAAUAAAAGGCAUCAAAAUUUUACCCUCAUUCGCAAACCUCAAAAUGCUGAACAUGGAAUCGCCUCAGAUGUACGCGGAUGCGGUGCAAACGCUGGCGCAGCUCGACUUGAAGAAGCAGCCGCAGCCGCUGCCGCAGCAGGCAACAAUCGGCCAAAUUACACUGACGGCGAUGUCCAGUGCACAGCAGCAGCAGCAGCAACAGCAACAGCAACAGCAGCAACAGCAGCAGCAGCAGCAACAGGUGACAACUGAUGCGAACAACAAUGCAACAGUUCAGGAUGCGGCGCUGCUGGUCAAGCAGCAUGCGAUGCAGCAGAUGCAGCUGAACACCAACAACAACAGCAACAACUUGCUACAGAAACAAAUGUUGCAACAGUACAGCACACAAACGGAUCUGGACGAGCUGACCACACAGGAGAUAACUUUGGACUUGCAACAUUUGAUCGACGAUCAGUUUCGGGACACGGAGACCUUGGGCAUAUUCAGCGAUAUGGUGACCAGUCCGGGCGGACUAUCUGCCACACUGCCGCCCAGCGGCAUGGUCAGCGCGGCGGCCAAAGUGUUGCAGCAGCAGCAACAAACGCUGGCCAAUGCGCGCCAGCAACAGCACUCGUAUGGACGGGCAGCGCUCGCGUACAUGCCGCAGGCGGUGCACUCGAAUGCCACAUACAACAAUCACUCGAGCGACGAGAACAGCUCCGUGGGCAGCGAUUCGAGCAGCACCAUCAAGGAGGAGCCCAUCGAUCCGGAGUAUCGCAGGCAUCUGCAGGAGUCGGUCAGCAGCCAGGCGGCUGCGGCGUUUAUCAACAACAGCAAUGGGCUCUACAAUGCGUAUCAGAGCAACAACUUGAGCAACAACAACAGCAGCAGCAACAACAGUAGCAACAACAGCAGCAACAACAGCAGCAACAACAACUCGACGAAUGCAGCUCAAUUCACCAAUCUGACAACGGCGAAUGUCCUGGCACAUCACAGUCUGCCGCAUCUAACGGCAAACACGGCCCAGCAACUGCUGAAACAUCACUCGAAGCUGCAGCAGACGCAGCAGCAGCACGCACAGCAGCAGCAGCACGCACAGCAGCAGCAUCGCAAGCACAGCAACAAGCAUGUGGACAAGGGCACCGAGGAGUAUCGCAGGCGGCGCGAGCGCAACAACAUAGCGGUGCGCAAGAGUCGGGAGAAGGCAAAGGUGCGCUCAAAGGAGGUCGAGGAGCGCGUCAAGUCGCUGCUCAAGGAGAAGGAUGCGCUCUUGCGUCAGCUGAGCGAAAUGACCAAUGAGCUUUCGCUGCACAAACAGAUUUAUAUGCAGCUGAUGAAUCACGCGAAUCCCGAAGUGAGUCGCGUCUGUCGCAGCUUUCUCAAUACGAACGAACAUGCGCUGUAGCUGUGAUGAUUGACUGAACGAAUGAAAGAAAGAGCGACAGAGAUAGAGAGAGCGCGAAUGCGUGCGAGGAGAGAGCCUGUAAAUUAGUGUGAUUGUGCGUGUGCGUGUGUGUGACUGACUCAAUAAAAGCUGUGUGGGUAGCGUAUAAGUCUAAGGAUGUUAAAGCUGUAAACAAAACAAACAGAAUAACAAAAAAAACAACAA